AUGGGUUCAUGCUUCUCCUCAGACGUCAUUGCUUAUACUUCCGAUCCGUCUACGGCCAAAGUCAUCUCUGCUAUUGGCAAUCUCCGUGAGUAUCACCUACCCGUGACAGUAUCCCAAGUCCUCCAAAUCGAGACCCCUUCCUGCUUCCUCUCCAAUUCUGACUCUCUCUUAUUAGACGACUACAUUCCCGCUCUCGAUUUCUCUGAAGAACUUCAGGCAGGUCAGAUCUAUUUCGUCCUUCCCACCAGUCAUCUACAGUAUCGCCUUCCUGGUCCCUACAUGGCCGCCCUCGCUGUGAAAGCCAGUACGGCGAUCUCGCAGAGUUUGUGGAAGAACGUUCGACGGAAUAAGAAGAUACGGAUAUCUCCCGUUUUGGAUCCGGAACUCAAUAAUAAGAACCAGAGAUUGGGGAUUAAUGGUGGGUUUGAUAGAUAUUAUGAGCAUGAUGGGUUUAGGACUUCCAAUGAUAAUAAAUCAAGAAUCGGGGUUUCAAGAUCUGCUGAUAACAUUAGGAAAUUGCAGAGAAAUUCUUCCAGACGAACCAAGUUCGCUAUUUCAUCGUUUCAAAUGAGGUUGAGCACCAUUUACGAAGGAUCGGUGGUUGAUUAA